AUGAAACUUUCUAUUGCUACUUGUCUGCUGUUGGUUACGGAGACCUAUGCCUUCCAAUCAAACUCUGGUUCCGUUCAAAGAUCAUCUUCUUACGGGCUGCAAGAAUUGACGAUGGCCCUCCAUGCUGCCAAGCCAACAGUCGAGGAAUCAACUUCCCGAAGAUCUUUUUCAUAUUCAUUAAUGAAGGCUGCUGGUUUGGGGGUUGGGUUCCUACUUUCACCCGAGAAUGCUUUUGCAGGGAUUGACGUCAGCGGAUUGCAGGUGGAAGGAGGAGGAGGAGGAAAUGCAAACCUUGCCCAGCAAUUAAAAGCCUACGAUGGAUCAGGGACAGCGCGUGUGAAGGAAGUCAAAGCUCUUGAAACAACUACCACAGCUCCCAAAAGAACUGAAAAGCCACUGGAUCAAACAGCACUGGAUAGCAAAGUAGCACAUUGGGCCUACCGUGCAAACCCAGGAUUCGGACCGUCGUUGAAAAAGGCUGGACCACUUGGCAAUCUCUAUCGUCUCAAUGAUGUGGUGGUACCACCAACCGGUUCCAAGCUGCGAUCCGUCGGAGUUCAGUUCGAGUUUCCUUUCGAUUGGCUGCAACUAGACAAAUUCACUGGCGGUAUCCAAUACGUGGACCAACGAAAUGGCGACAAGCUUUACUUGCUUCAGGCAACUCUUCCACCCGAUACCUCACUCGCAUCCUUGUCGAAAAGUGUUCUUGGAGAUUUGAUCUUUGAUCCAGAAGGUAGUGUUUCCAAAACAGGACAGACAAUAGAAGAUUACAAAGUAGUCAAUGGGCAGACACUAGUGGAAUGCCCGGCCGGUAGUUGCGCCACCAGACGACGAUUCAAGAUCAAAUAUGCCACAGUGACAGGAAAUGGACUGCGAGUAGAGAGGAGGGGUCUCGUGGAUGCCUACCAAGUGGAGAAUGAAAUUUAUAUGCUAAUGACUUCGUCCAAUGCCGUCAAAUUUGAAAAAGGUGGCAGUGAGCGAGAGACAGUGGAGAAUAUUGUCAAUUCCUUUGUACUUGACAUAUGA